ACAUUUCGUUGUCCGUCGGCACGUGGUUCCGUCAGACUCCGCAGGCCCCUCGCAACAGGCACCUGACGACAUCUCCGCUGUCACGCUGAGGUGACUCGUGCUGUCGGCGGACACCACGUGCUCGUUUCAGGAAACCGUUUUUAAGGCGUUUUAUGGUGGGUUUUUGAGAAAGCUGCUCACCUACGUGCCGGCCGCAGUCCUGGAAGACCGCGUGCGUGUUAAAGUGCAGUAAAACCAGGGCGCCUGGUGGCUCGGUCGCUUGUGUCCGACGCUUGAGCUCAGCUCUGGUCUUGAUCUUCAGGGUCGCGAGUUCAGGCCUCUUGUUGGGAUCCGCGCUGGGAAAAAUAAAUACUGUACAACCGGAUCUUGUUCAUGUAGCAAACAAGAGCGAGCCUCUGGCCUCGUAUCAUUAUCAGCAGCUCUGCGUGUAUGUCUGUUGGGGCCUGAGGGACCCUGCGCAGCGCCGGAUGGGACGCCAGCGACGACACGCUUACAGCCCCCAGUGGUCAUGGCGACCAGAGACGUCCCCUGGGGACAGUGUCCCUGCUGAGAACCGUGUGCCCAGGUCUCCCUGAGUAGCAGGCACAUGGACUCCAUUUAACCCCGUGACUGUCAGGUCAAUCAUCUCCAUGUUUGACCGGGAGAACAAGGCCGGCGUGAACUUCAGUGAGUUCACGGGCGUCUGGAAGUACAUCACAGAUUGGCAGAACGUCUUCCGCACCUACGACAGGGACAACUCCGGGAUGAUCGACAAGAACGAGCUCAAGCAAGCACUCUCAGGUUUUGGGUACCGGCUGUCCGACCAGUUUCACGACAUCCUCAUUCGCAAGUUUGACAGACAAGGACGGGGGCAGAUCGCCUUUGACGACUUCAUCCAGGGCUGCAUCGUCUUGCAGAGGCUGACCGAUAUAUUCCGGCGCUACGAUACGGAUCAGGACGGCUGGAUUCAGGUGUCCUAUGAGCAGUAUCUGUCCAUGGUCUUCAGCAUCGUAUAACACUGGCCUUCGCAGAUAGCGGCGGGACUUGUGGAAGGAAGACUAAAAAUGCCAAAUCUCCCUUGAAGGAGACAGGACACAGAUGCAGCAAGAUGCCGUUCUUCUUCCUUUAGAUUUUGUAUAAUUAACGUCUGGGGACCCGACUGUACAUAUGUGCAUAAGCUGGGAAGGUUUUGCAAACGUAACAAUGGUUGUAAUCAUUAUUCACAUACAGACAUUUGAUUGAGGCUGUUCAGCUGUGCCAUGAGGUAAGACACGAUAAUGUUUCAGGGAUCCUGCAUGCGAAACUUCAUCAUGGUCAUUUCCAGAUGGCUCCAGGUCUAUAGGGGAAAUACUGUCAUUAGCCAAUAGGAAUUUAAAACUAAUCCGGAAUUGCACAAAGGCUUUCAUGUGCCUUACGUUUUUAAGACGGGGUUUGUUGUAUUUGUUUGAAUAUGCAGCAUAAGCAAUAAAGCAGAUGUGCCCCGUC